AUGGUAUCCUUAUGGAAUGACAUGAACAACAAAUCCACCGGCAGAUUUUCAGAUGGCCUUAUAGUUCCUGAUUACAUCGUUGGCUAUUUCAAGAACGUUGCAAAAUUAAUAUCAAAGAAAGUAGGAGCGCCAGAAGCCACAAAGAUUUUAGGUAGUUCGUGUACUUAUUCAGCUUCGGAGGCAACGAUUACUUUCGGUAUGACUCCAGCAACGCUGAUGCCACUCAUUCUGAAAGAGAUAUACAUGCGCAUGGUGGUAGCCAAUUUAACAAAUGGCUUCAAGGAAAUAUAUAAUAUGGGAGGAAGGAAAUUUGCGAUCCAGAGUGUUGGGACCGUUAGGGUCAAGGAAGGGAAAAUUGCAUGUUGUGGCAGUGGACCAUAUAAUGGACUGAACUGUGGAGGAGGUUCAUACAAGUUAUGCAGUAAUCCAAGUGACUAUCUGUUCUUUGAUGGCGGCCAUACAUCUCAGAAGGCAAAUCUUCAGAUUGCAGAGCUAAUAUGGAGUGGAGUACCAAUGUACUGGACCUAUAAUGUGAAGCAACUAUUUGAGUCUUGA